AUGUUGGCUUCACGACAGCUCCUGGGCUCUGUUGCCCGGAGCCGUACUGCCGCCAGUGCCCGUCUGGGACUGCGUGGCAUGGCUACCGUUUCUGACUCUCCCCUUGACCGCAAGGUCAAGCAGAACAUCCACGAGGAGGGCAACUUCAUCAACUACAAGAAGAUGUCCGAGAACCUGUCCAUCGUUCGCCAGCGUCUCAACCGCCCCCUGGCCUACGCUGAGAAGAUUCUCUACUCCCACUUGGACGACCCUCACGGACAAGAGAUCGAGCGUGGUGUCUCAUACCUGAAGCUCCGCCCCGAUCGCGUUGCUUGCCAGGAUGCCACUGCUCAGAUGGCUAUUCUGCAGUUCAUGUCUGCUGGCAUGCCCUCCGUCGCCAACCCCACUACUGUCCACUGCGAUCACUUGAUCGAGGCUCAGAUUGGUGGCUCUAAGGAUCUUGCCCGUGCCGUCGGCAUCAACAAGGAGGUCUACGACUUCCUUGCCUCUGCUUGCGCCAAGUACAACAUCGGUUUCUGGAAGCCCGGCUCUGGUAUCAUCCACCAGAUUGUCCUCGAGAACUACGCUUUCCCCGGUGGUCUUCUUAUCGGAACUGACUCUCACACUCCCAACGCUGGUGGUCUUGGUAUGUGCGCUAUCGGUGUCGGUGGUGCCGACGCCGUCGAUGUCAUGGCCAACCUUCCCUGGGAGCUGAAGGCCCCCAAGGUUAUCGGUGUCAAGCUCACUGGUGCUCUGAACCCCUGGGUCACUCCCAAGGAUAUCAUUCUCAAGGUUGCCGGUAUCUUGACCGUCAAGGGUGGUACUGGUGCCAUUGUUGAGUACCACGGCCCUGGUGUCGACACCCUCUCUGCCACUGGUAUGGGAACUAUCUGCAACAUGGGUGCUGAGAUCGGUGCCACCACCUCCCUCUUCCCCUUCAACGACUCUAUGCACAAGUACCUCACCGCCACCAAGCGUAAGGACAUUGGUGACUUCGCGAAGACCUACGCCAAGGAGCUUCGCGAGGAUGAGGGUGCUGAGUACGACCAGCUCAUCGAGAUCAACCUGUCCGAGCUCGAGCCCCACAUCAACGGUCCCUUCACCCCCGAUCUGGCCACCCCCAUCUCCAAGUUCAGCGAGGCUGUCAAGGCCAACAACUGGCCCGAGGAUCUCAAGGUCGGUCUGAUCGGUUCUUGCACCAACUCCUCCUACGAGGACAUGACCCGCGGUGCUGCCAUCGCUCGCGACGCUCUCGACCACGGUAUCAAGUCCAAGGCCAUCUUCACCAUCACCCCCGGUUCCGAGCAGAUUCGCGCCACCAUUGAGCGCGAUGGUCAGCUUCAGACCUUCGAGGAGUACGGCGGUAUUGUCCUUGCCAACGCCUGCGGUCCCUGCAUUGGUCAGUGGGAUCGUCAGGAUGUCAAGAAGGGCACCCCCAACUCCAUCAUCUCUUCCUACAACCGUAACUUCACCGGACGUAACGACGGUAACCCCGCCACCCACUCCUUCGUCGCCUCUCCCGACAUGGUCGUUGCCAUGACUGUCGCCGGCAGCCUCCACUUCAACCCCCUUACCGACAAGCUCAAGGACAAGGACGGCAACGAGUUCAUGCUCAAGCCUCCUUCCGGAGACUCUCUCCCCAGCCGCGGAUACGACCCCGGCCAGAACACCUACCAGGCUCCUCCCGCCGACCGCAGCACCGUCAACGUCCAGGUCUCUCCCUCCUCCGACCGUCUUCAGAUCCUGUCCUCCUUCCAGCCUUGGGAUGGCAAGGAUGUCAACGAUAUCCCCAUCCUCAUCAAGUGCAAGGGCAAGACCACCACUGACCACAUCUCCAUGGCCGGUCCCUGGUUGAAGUACCGUGGCCACUUGGACAACAUCUCCAACAACAUGUUGAUUGGUGCCAUCAACGAGGCCAACGGCGAGGCCAACAAGAUUCAGAACUUCACUACCGGCGAAUGGGACGCCGUCCCCGCCGUCGCCCGUGACUACAAGGCCAAGGGUAUUAAGUGGGUUGUCAUUGGUGACUGGAACUACGGCGAGGGUUCUUCCCGUGAGCACGCCGCUCUUGAGCCCCGUCACCUUGGUGGUCUUGCCAUCAUCACCCGCUCCUUCGCCCGUAUUCACGAGACCAACCUGAAGAAGCAGGGUAUGCUUCCUCUUACCUUCUCCGACCCCGCCGACUACGACAAGAUCAGACCCGAGGACAAGGUCGACAUCCUCGCCACUGAGCUCGAGGUCGGCAAGCCUCUGACCAUGGUUGUCCACCCCAAGGAUGGCAAGGCCUUCGAGGUCAAGCUCUCCCACACCUUCAACGCCCCCCAGAUUGAGUGGUUCAAGAACGGUUCCGCUCUUAACACCAUGGCCAAGUCCGCUGGCAAGUCAUAA